CCGACAAGAAAUCAAGAACAUAUAUGAUGAUUCGAUUGGAAAGAAUAAAAACAAUCCAUUUCUAUCAAUGACUAGAUAAUACAACACCCGGCGUUAUUCUGAUGUUUAGGGAAAUUCUUCGACCUGCUGACACAGGUAGGCAGUUACCAGGGUGUGCUGCCGAUACAGGAAGGGACAGUCAACAAGACACGUUACAUUAACAAGGCGGCGUACUUACUAGCAGGAUUAUGAUUAACAUUAUACAUUUUGUAGUGUCCUAUCUAUUUCUUGCAGUCUUAUUUUCAAUGAACACUGCGGAAGAGUUAAUUUAUACAAGUCUCUUUAAAGGAUUCUCGGGGUAUCGCGUCAGAAAUCCCUUUACUUCAUUCACUUUUUCUAGUGGUCAUUUCUCAGAGUGUUGUGUGAGGUGCUUGCAAUACCAAAACUGUUAUAGCGUCAACAUUCGCCGAGAUGACAGAUUCUGUGAAAUAAACACUCUGGGUUCAAACGGGUACGGGGAUUUGGUAGAUAAAAACGGAACUUGGACGUUGUUCGUCAGGACCAACGUUCUCCAGAAUGAGUUAAUGUUCCGGGCUACCCCGGGAGUUGGGCUGAGUGUCAAGGACACCUGGCAAGGGAAUAUCCUUCCUCCAACCGCACAGGACACGUGUAUUUCCAUGGAGACCACGUCAUGCUCUUCGCAUUAUCGGAAUCCACGGGUGGACCUCUGGGAAAGUCUUUCCAUUUUUCAAGUUACCAUCGAGUUUUACAAGCACGGAUCUAAGGUGGCGUUUAUAACGUUUGAUGGGAAAGAUUCGAACAUCAAUGACUGGUUCAGUUCUUCACGUAUUCUGAACAGUAGCUGGAGCGAUGUUACUCCAUCGACCAUCUACAACUAUUUCUCCAUAGAGGGGCAUUCUAAUUGCGGAAGAUCAUUUUUUGUCAACAAACAAUACAAUGGUUGCCCCGGGGACACAGGGUGGAUGAUAGUUUUGGAUCCUGGACCAUCGUGUUGCCCCUGGAACGACGUCCCCAACAAACCCCAGUUUCUGUAUUCAGCGGUAGAUGCUUCUGUAGUCUAUCAAGGCGGAUCGACAGAUCUUGGAACAGCAGAAGUCAUGGCAGUUUUUGUGAAUUACAAUUAAGUGUAUCUUAAAGGAAGUUUAUUCAAACAGAUAUUCUUAGCAGAUCUGAAUAAAAAACAAAACAAAAGAAAAAACCCAAACGAAAAACAAAGAAAAUCGUGUGUUGAAAGCAGAGAGUGCAACAUAUCUCACUACAGAUCACAUAAAGUAUUUAUUUACUACCCUUUGGAUUUUUGUCAAUUUUGUUCCACUUGAAUUUGCAUUUAAAAAUACUGUACAACCAGCGUCCUCUAUGUUAAUAAAAUUGGAGACAAAAGCUUCAAA